CAAAAUGUUGCAGGACUUGGAUUACAUGCUUCAUCUUCAGGAAUGACUAUGAGCGAUGUUAAAGGUGGAAGAUUAGCUGUAAUUAUUUUGGGACAAUUAAUGUGGGUUGUCGAAAGAAUAUUUGAGGAUACUUCAAAGUUAUUGGUGAUUCUGCGAGAUCUGUUACAA